UCAGCCUCCCCCGCUCCAGCCUCCCUGUCGGCCGCUCCCCUCCACUCUUUCCUUUCUUAGGGUCGCAUCAGGCGAUCCCCUCUUCUCCCCCAGGUCGUUCCUGCGUUCCCAGUGAGCAGGGUGGACCGUGCCUCGCCUCCUCCCCUCGGGCUCGGCGGCGCAGGCGCAGCAGACGCGGCCGGGAGGCCGAGGACAAGAGCGUCUCCGGCUCUGGCUCCACCCGCGCAGUGAGCGCCCGGCUGGCUGGUCUGCGGCCACCGGGACGCGUCGGGCAGGGUCGGCGGGCGGUGUCGCCAUGGGCUCGGGCUGGAGCAGCGAGGAGGAGGAGAGGCAGCCGCUGCUGGGGCCGGGGCUCGGGCCUGCUCCGGGGGCUGCGCGCAGGGGCCGGGAGGCGGCGGCGGUCCUGCCAGCGGCUGGCCCGGGCCCGGGGCGCGUGUACGGGCGCCGCUGGCUGGUGCUGCUGCUCUUCUCGCUGCUGGCGUUCGCACAGGGCCUGGUCUGGAACACCUGGGGCCCCAUCCAGAACUCGGCGCGCCAGGCCUAUGGCUUCUCCAGCUGGGACAUCGCGCUGCUGGUACUGUGGGGGCCCAUUGGCUUCCUGCCCUGCUUCGCUUUCAUGUGGCUGCUGGACAAGAGAGGUUUGCGGGUGACCGUGCUUCUGACAUCCUUUCUUGUUGUUUUGGGAACUGGUCUAAGGUGCAUACCUGUAACUGACUUAACCCUUAGGAGAAGAUUAAUCCACGGAGGACAGAUAUUAAAUGGGCUGGCAGGUCCAACUGUCAUGAAUGCAGCCCCAUUCCUCUCUACAACAUGGUUCUCUGCAGAUGAACGAGCCACGGCCACAGCAAUUGCAUCAAUGCUGAGUUACCUUGGUGGAGCAUGUGCGUUCCUCGUUGGGCCUCUUGUUGUUCCAGCUCCCAAUGGGACAUCGCCCCUUCUGGCUGCGGAGAGUAGCCGGGCUCAUAUCAAAGACCGCAUCGAGACUGUGCUGUAUGCAGAGUUUGGAUUUGCCUGUCUAAUAUUCUCUGCCACCCUCGCCUAUUUUCCACCCCGGCCUCCUCUUCCUCCCAGUGUUGCUGCAGCCAGCCAGCGGCUCAGUUAUCGACGCAGCUUUUGUAGGUUACUAAGCAAUUUGAGGUUUUUGAUGAUUGCUUUAGCCUAUGCGAUACCACUUGGUGUGUUUGCUGGCUGGUCUGGAGUUCUGGACUUAAUUUUAACACCAGUGCAUGUCAGCCAAGUAGAUGCCGGCUGGAUUGGAUUUUGGUCUAUAGUUGGAGGCUGUGUUGUUGGGAUAGCUAUGGCAAGGUUUGCAGACUUCAUCCGGGGUAUGCUGAAGCUAAUUCUCCUCCUCUUGUUUUCUGGGGCUACACUGUCUUCCACGUGGUUCACCCUGACCUGUCUCAACAGCAUCACCCACUUGCCUUUGACGACAGUGACAUUGUACGCCUCCUGCAUCCUCCUGGGAGUGUUCUUGAACAGCAGCGUUCCUAUAUUUUUCGAGCUUUUUGUGGAAACUGUCUACCCUGUUCCAGAAGGGAUUACUUGUGGGUUUGUCACUUUUUUGAGUAAUAUGUUCAUGGGAGUCCUUUUAUUUUUUCUCACAUUUUACCAUACAGAGUUGUCUUGGUUCAACUGGUGCCUUCCUGGGUCGUGUCUGCUCAGUCUUCUCCUCAUUCUGUGCUUCAGGGAAUCCUAUGACAGACUCUACCUUGAUGUGGUUGUCUCUGUGUAAUGCCACAGACUCGCAGGACUGCAGAGGGACGAGACGUCAGCCUUGCACAUCUCGUGGGAGGAAAGGAGAGGAAACUUCUUUCUGAGGUUUUGCUAGGUUACAGAGUCUCACAUUAAUUUAAUGACUACUAGGUAAUAAUAAUGGCAGACUUGAGUGUCGCUGGGAUUUGAAAACUCUGUGGACGGCACACCUGCGCUGGCGGUACACCUGCGCUGGCAGCACACCUGUGCCGAUGGCACACCUGCACUGGCAGCACACCUGCGCUGGCUUCUGGAGUAGAGGUGUACCAUCUCACAUGGGAUGCACUGCCCACGUCAGCAACCCCUGUGUGUGUUGUUCCCGUGCUAACCGACUAAGGAGCUGAACUAGGAGAAGAAGCAAGGGCAUUGGGCCCAUGAAGAUGACUCCUCCCAGGCACACGACAAAAGAAUAGGAGAAACGCCACUAACUUCUAAAGACGUUUGAACCCUAUAUCAGGUUUUAAUUACAGAAUAGCCACGCCGUAUAGCAGUGAUAGAAGUUGGCCACAUGUACACUACAUGUUUUUCUAAUAAAGCCAUUUCUUAUAUGACUCUCUUUAUUUUUAAUCAGGUUGGAAAACUUUUGCUGUCUCUGGACACAGGCACUGCCUCACCCCCACUUGCCCUUGUUUCUGUGAAUACAGCGUCUGUCACUGCAGCAAGGUGACUAGAUGCCUGAUAGGGCUGCAUUAGCUGUUGUGUGAAAAGUGUAAUUCCAUUGUGAUUCAGCACUUUGUUGAAGAUGAAAUGAGAGCCACACAAAGCAUGUGUGUCUGCGACAUUGUGUGGUAGCACAAGUGUAAAGUCGAGCAGCCACUGUUAUUACCAGGUUAGAUUGUGUUUAAAUGACCCCCAUUUGGAAAGAACAGUGUAUAACCUUGAAGGUUUCAGAUCUGUGCUUGAUUUCCAAUUUUAACCCUUGUGUUUUAAUUUAGCUUUUAAUAAUACUCAAUUCUAAAUGAAGUCAUUGUAUUUGAUUGGACAGCAUUUUUCCAAUACCUAUUUCUUUCUAUAAAUAAUGGAUUUAAAAAAAAAAAAAAAAACAAAAGCAUACUCACUGAAUGGCUCUUAGACCUGUCUUUCACGAGGUCAUACACGUCUCUGUGAUGGGCCUGUGACACUUGACUGCUCACAGAUCCAUAGCUCCCCUCACACAGAACCAAGCCUUCCCCAAACUUCGGGAGCAGCAGCAGCCUCCACUGUCUGCUUCCUCUUUGCCUUUUCCUCACAUGAAAUAGAAGCUCCAUUGCCAGCCAGCUCUGCUUACAGCUCCUUCUCCGUGCAGGUGGAAGGCAGCUCCCAGUAGCCCGGGUGGAAGGCUGGGCAGUACUCACUGCUGCCAGCCCUGUGCACCAUCACACACCUGCAGCUGCACCUCCAGCCC